AUGUUAUGGAAGGAGAAGAAGUUAAAGAUGGAGAAGAUGCUUUGGAUGGAGAAGAAGUUAAGGAAGGAGAAGGAGUUAGGGAAAGAGAGGAAGUUAAAGAAGGAGAAGAAUUUAAGAAUGGAGAAGAAGUUUGGGAUGGAGAAGAAGUUUGGAAUGGAGAAGAAUUUAAGUGAUCAUAUAGGAACUUAUGGCUAUGUUGAAGGAUUACUUAAGAUCACAUUGGAGGAUCACUUAGGAUCAUAUCGAGAAAUCACUUAG